UGAGUGACGUCGUUAAUUGCUGAUUGGAAGAAACGUUAACAGCUUAAUUGGUCUAAAGCUGCAACAGUUGAUUAAUUGAUUAGUCGAUCAUGUGAGUUAAACAGAAAACACCUCUAAUCAACUAAUAAUUCACGUCGUUUUUCAAAAAAUGUCGUGCGGGCUGUGGAAAGAGACCCUGGCUCUGGCAGAGGACUACCUGUCCCUGUGUUGCACAAGCCCACGGCCAGCCCCUCCACCUCCCAGCGAGUCAGCCGCUGCCUUGAGGCGCCUGGCCCAGGACAUGGAGACGCAGCACCAGGCUCGCUUCCACUCCCUCGCUCAGACCUUCCUGAGGCAGUGCGGGCCGGACCCCUGCUCCAGCCUCAGGAAGGUGAUGGAGGAGAUGGUGGGAGACGGACACUUGAACUGGGGGAGGGUUGUUUCCAUUUUCAUCUUUACCGGGGUGCUGGCCAGACAGCUGCUGGAGCAGAAGGGCAUGAGGCUGGGGCUGGACCCUGGGCAGGGGCAGGAACUGGGACAGGAGCCCGGAUACUGCAGGGGACUGGCGGAGACCAUAGCUGAUUACCUGGGAGAGGAGAAGAAAGACUGGCUGCUGGAGAAUGACGGAUGGGAGGGGCUCUGUAAAUUCUCCCGCAGUGCCAGAGAGGUGAAUCAGGACUCGUCCAUGAAGACAGCGCUGUUCGCUGUUGCUGGCGUGGGCCUCGCUGGACUCACCUUCCUCCUGGUGCGCUAGCUAGCCCUCCACAUCCCUAACACAUCCCUCAUCCAUGUUCUCAUUUCAUUUGGCACAAUUAAGUAGACAUUUGAAUUUCUAACAUCAAUGCUGCAAAACCAGGCGUAAUCUGUAGUGAAUUCAGGGCUGUAAUCUCAUCAACUGAAUGUUUGCGCGCACACAAAUACUGACAUUUUGUCACUUGCUCCUUAAGAUUGUAAAAAUGAUCUCAAUGCCUUCAGAAAUUUUGGAGUUAAGUGGCACCAGCUUGCAUAUCUUAGACAGUUUAAUUACUAAAGCACAGGUUUCUGCACAGAAUCAUCUUGCUCUCGAAAGUUUUGUAUUUUCAAGUGUGCAGCUAAAAGACUUCAUUUCAAUUUCCCCCACAGCUUUUGAUUUUGUCAGCUGCCUUUUUAUUCAUGUGUUUACCUGAGUUGUGUAUGUCGUAUAGAGCCAUUCUAGUGUACAAUGUAUAAAUUAAUAUAUUAUAUUUAUAUGAAAAACUGUAAGCAGUGGCCCUUUUUUCUAACUGAUCCACAGCUAAUUCAGUUGUUUCAUUGUUUUCAAGUCUGUCCUGCAUUAAUAUGAAAUGUCUGAUUUACAUGGAGCUGAAUAGAGCGUGACAACACAACGGUGCUAUGAUAUGUUGUGAAAUGUUUCUCAUAUCAAUCUAACAAACCAGGGACCAAUUUGUCUUCAAACAUAUUGCUAGUAGAACAAAUCGUUGCUAUGGCAUUUCCCCCUCCACAAAUCCCUUAUUUACAUUAUAUUUUUACAUUGUUUUGGUCUAUUUAUUUGUCACUGUUUUUUAUAAUAAAAUAAAAGCAAUUACGGAG